GUUCGAUGGCACCUCCUGCACGCGCCGGAUUGUCACUAGUGCAAACUCAAAAUUUUGCCUCUCAACAUGCUGGGAUGCUUACACGCCAACAUGGAAGUGCGAAUCCGUUGAGGGAAACCAAACGUGGACCAAAAGAAACCAAAUCAAUCAAGCCGUCGACGGUCAAUGCAGCGCCCGCCUUCCCAUGCUCUCGAUCUUUUGCACCAGCUGUAAAUUCGAACUUCGAAGUCAGUUGUGACAGUGAUAAUGAUGAGAACAAUAUCAGUCGUGAAGAAGAAUGCAGUAAACAAGAGCAGAAGCCAAGUGUAGCCUUAGCGCGUAAGCCGUUAAGAAAUCUAUCCAAUUCAUCUCUGGACUUCGACUCUGAUGAAGAUGUGAGCUUUACUCGAUGUGCAGGUUUUAGGGAAGAAAUCUGUUCCUAG